AUGCUGGAGAUGUAUGCGGUUCCUCAGAUGCAGCAACAUCAGCCAGAUGUGAUAUUUCAACAGGAUGGUGCACCCCCACAUUGGGGCAUGAUUGUACGUGACUUUUUAGACAAGAACUUUCCCGACAGAUGGUGUGGAAGAAAAUACUCAGUUGUGAAAAGUGCGUCACACAAAGGACCUUCCCAGGACAGACUGGUGCAGCUGAGACAACAUAUUGCUGAACCCUUAUUGAGCGAAAGAGAGUUCAAACGACCAAUCCUUAUUUGCAAAGCAAAAUGUGCUGGCGUACGUUAUCUUUUUGUAGUUGCUGGAUUCUUAGGAAUGUGCCUUGUUUAUGCAUUGAGAGUCAAUAUGAGUAUAGCUAUCCUUGGAAUGCUGAACAACACGGCUAUCAGUAUCGUAACAGACACUCACAAUUUGACAAAUGAACCCAUGUGUGCUUUACUGAAUCCUCCCAUCCAUUCUUCCAAAUUGAAACUUAUCGAAGUAAAGGGUGUUACGUUUCCAGCAAUAUACAAUCUCCUGAGUCGUUGGACUGCCGAGGAGGAGAAAACUCUGAUAGAAGCUGUGGUCAUCAGUGGUAUUAAUAUCGGUACCGUUUUAGGGAUGCCCUUGGCAGCCAAACUCACAAAUUCCGAUUGGUUUGGAGGAUGGCCAUCAGCUUUUUAUGUAAUUGGAUUCAUUGGUUGUGUUUGGUUUGUCUUUUGGAUUCUUUGUGUAACCAAUUCGCCUUCAGAGCAUCCAUGCAUUACAUCCAAAGAACUAGAAUAUAUGAAAGCUUCCCAGCUCAGUGAGCAUGAACCAGUGCCUAUACCUUGGCUCAAAAUUCUUACCUUCGGACCAUUCUGGGCUGCCUCCUUUGCGCAGUUCGUAGGAGAUUGGACUUUCUUCUUGCUGCUUAACAACCUGCCAGCUUUCUACUCGACGAUCUUGAAUUUCAAUAUCGAGACAAACGGAUUCAUGUCUUCUUUUCCGUACAUCCUUCAGUCUGCUGUUGGCUGUCUCGGAGGGUUCAUUUCGGACGAGGUAAUAAAGAAUGGUCUUGUGACGCCCAUCUUCGCAAGGAAGCUAUGUAACAUGUUAGGUUGCCUAGGUUCGAUUGUAGGAUUAGUAAUUUCGAGUACGGCGGGAUGUGAUAUCACUGUACAGAUUACUUCUUUCGGCCUUACUAUGACAGCAGGAGGUCUGUGGUAUUGUUCUUAUAUGAUUACCUACUUAGACAUAUCGCCGGAAUAUGCAGGAACUCUUAUAGGCGUAGCUAGUACUCUGUCAGGAUUGACUGGAUUUAUUACACCUAUGAUUGUAGGUGCUUUGACUGACACAAAGCCAACAUUUGGACAAUGGCGAAUCAUUUUCGCAAUGACCAUUGUUUUAUUAAUUGCCAGUGCCAUUGUGUAUCAACUGUUUGCAACUGCAGAUAAACAAAACUGGGAGGACGAGCAUCAUACGCAACGAACUGUAUCCAACUGCAAACUCACUACAACACGACUGGCUACACCUCACAUGACUCAAUGCUGCUUCUACAAUAAACAUCAGGACUUGGCACACAGCUCAAUUCAGCAAUCGCUAGAACGCCACACAACACUUGCUCUUCCCUGGACUGAUCCUAUUCGUCGUUGA